AUGCGUCAAAAGAGCACAAUGCCCGACGCCUACACAUUUCAGUUCAUGUUCAAGUCCUGCACCCUUGUAGGCUUGGCCUUGGAAGGGCAAAUGGUGCAUGCUCUGUUCGUCAAGCAUUUUCCUGAUUGUGAUGCAUUUGUAGCGAAUUCUUUGGUGUAUAUGUAUGUACAACUUGACUGCAUUGAUGAUGCCGUAAUAGUGUUUAGAUUGAUCGACAUGAAAGAUGUUGUAUCCUGGACGACGAUAAUCGAGGGACUUGUGAAAUCUGGGUUCGUGGAUGAUGCUCCGAAGCUGUUCAAUGAAAUGCCUGUGAGAAAUGUGAUUUCUUCGACGAGUUUGAUAGCCGACCAUGCUAAAUAUGGAAUGGCUUCAAAGGUCGUUGGGGUGUUCAAAGAGAUGAUGUCUAAGAAUGUCGAACCAAAUACUAUUGCAAUGGUUGCAGUCCUAUCGGCAUGCGCACAGUUGCGGGAUCUAAAAUUGGGUAAAUGGCUUCAUCAGAUUGUCAUCGACAAGAGAAUUGGUGUGAGUAGCAAUCUUGCUGUUGCACUAAUCAAUAUGUAUGCAAAAGGUGGAAGCAUCAUGUCCGCUCGUCAGAUCUUUGACUCAAUGAACAACAAGAUUGCACCAGCAUGGAAUGCCAUCAUCGAUGGGUACUAUAAGAUUGGCUAUAUCAACAUAGCCCGAUCCUUAUUUGAGAAAAUGAAUGCUCCUGAUAUCAUCUCAUUUAACUCAAUGAUCACCGGAUACAUACAUGGAGGUAGACUUAAGGAAGCAUUGCAGUUAUUUUCAAAGUAA